GAGCUUCGAUUUAAGAAGAUCGUUUCGGGUGCGGCAUCGAGUUGCAGAGAAGUGGCGAGGAGAGGAGCAGGCUAGCCGAAAAAAUUCAACCGGAGAUUUAGAUCUCCCGCCGGACACCGCGACCAUGGCUCGAGGAUUAAAGAAACACAUGAAGAGGCUCAAUGCCCCGAAGCAUUGGAUGCUUGACAAACUUGGUGGUGCUUUUGCUCCUAAACCAUCAUCUGGGGCCCCACAAAUCCCGUGAAUGUUUGCCCUUGAUCCUUAUCCUUCGUAAUAGGUUGAAAUAUGCAUUGACAUAUCGUGAGGUUCAAUCUAUCUUAAUGCAACGACAUGUUCUUGUUGACAACAAAGUUAGAACUGACAAAACUUAUCCAGCUGGAUUCAUGGAUGUUGUUUCAAUCCCCAAAACCAAUGAAAACUUUCGUCUUCUUUAUGACACAAAAGGUCGAUUCAGACUACAUUCAGUUAGAGAUGAAGAAGCUAAGUUUAAAUUGUGCAAGGUAAGAUCAGUCCAAUUUGGGUCAAAGGGCAUUCCCUACAUCAACACAUAUGAUGGAAGAACAAUCCGUUACCCGGACCCACUAAUCAAAGCCAAUGACACAAUCAAGCUCGACCUCGACUCAAACAAAAUUGUUGAUUUUAUCAAAUUCGAUGUUGGGAAUGUUGUGAUGGUGACAGGUGGCAGAAACACAGGGCGUGUUGGGAUUCUUAAGAACAGGGAGAAACAUAAGGGGAGUUUUGAAACAGUUCAUAUUCAAGAUUCAACUGGACAUGAAUUUGCUACUCGAUUGGGGAAUGUGUUUACUCUUGGAAAAGGGUCAAAGCCUUGGGUGUCUCUUCCUAAAGGGAAGGGUAUUAAGUUGACUAUCAUUGAGGAGGCUAGGAAAAGAAGAGCUGCUCAAGAUGCUGUUGCUUAAGUUUGGGUUUGGUUUUUAUGUUUUUGUUUUCUUGAAAGAGGUUUUGAAGUUAUGUUUUUGUGUUACAAGUUAUGGUUUAGGGUUAUAUGAGAACGGAAUGCACAAUAAUUUUUGUAGCAAGUUGGUAAAAACUUCUGUUAAAUGUUUAUUUAUUAU